CUCAGGAGACUCGACUUCAGGAAAACGGACGGAGGUGGCGCACCACCAUGCAACAGGACUGCGAUGGUUUAAGGCGUAGAAAGGGAAACUCUGUGUGGAUGAGGAUUCUGGUGUUAUUGUAGAUCGUAAGAGUGUACCAGGACACCUGAAAGACUUUAUCUGCCAUCGGAGACUCUGUAAGACUAUCGAGCUCAAUUUAACAUGACUACAGUUACACUUUGACUUUGGAUAAAGCGCACAGCUGCCCGCUGCCGAGAGGAGGCGCUCAGGUUGAACCACCCAAUGAUCACCUUUCACCGGCACUGCAGAGAGAGAAGUUAAAAGAGACAACUUUUAUUUUAGUUUUAGGUUGUUUUUGUUUGUUCUUGGAGUAAAAGUGUCCAGAAGAGUGAAAACAUGGCGGAACACGAAAGUCGGGAGUUUGGAAAAGCUGACUUUGUUCUCCUGGACAACGUGUCCAUGGAAGAAUUCAUGGCCAACCUUAAGCUCAGGUUUGAGAAGGGGAGGAUUUACUCCUAUAUUGGAGAGGUGGUCGUGUCUGUCAACCCUUACCGUGCCAUGAACAUCUACGGCCGCGACACCGUUGAGCAGUACAAGGGACGAGAGCUGUACGAGAGGCCCCCCCACCUCUUUGCCAUCGCUGACGCUGCAUACAAAGCCAUGAAGAGGAGGAACAAAGACACUUGUAUUGUCAUCUCAGGUGAAAGUGGAGCAGGGAAGACAGAGGCCAGCAAGUACAUCAUGCAGUAUAUUGCUGCCAUCACCAACCCCAAUCAGAGAGCUGAGGUUGAAAGGGUGAAAAACAUGCUGCUUAAAUCCAACUGUGUCUUGGAGGCCUUUGGAAACGCCAAGACCAACCGCAAUGACAACUCCAGCCGUUUUGGCAAGUACAUGGACAUCAACUUCGACUUCAAAGGCGAUCCCAUUGGAGGCCACAUCAACAACUACUUGCUGGAAAAGUGCCGGGUGAUUGUGCAGCAGGAAGGAGAGAGGAGCUUCCAUUCCUUCUACCAGCUGCUCAGAGGAGCUCCAGAUUCUCUGCUGCGAUCUCUUCACAUCCAGAAGGACCCGACCGCGUACAACUACAUCAAAGUUGGAGGCCAGAUUAAGUCUUCCAUCAACGAUGGAGCUGACUUCAAAGCUGUGGCAGAUGCAAUGAAAGUGAUUGGUUUCACUGCUGAAGAGAUUCAGACUGUUUACAAGAUCCUGGCCACUAUUCUUCAUCUUGGAAACCUGACGUUUGGCGUAGACGGAGAUCUGACGCUGAUAGAAAACACAAAGCUGGUGUCAGUCCUCAGGGACCUGCUGUCCACCAAAGAGGAGAAUGUGGAGAAGGCCCUGCUCUACCGCACUGUGGCCACGGGUCGGGACGUGAUUGAAAAACAACAUACGGAACAAGAGGCCAGCUACGGACGAGACGCUCUGGCAAAGGCCAUGUAUGAGCGUCUGUUCUGCUGGAUAGUGGGACGAAUCAAUGACAUCAUCGAGGUGAGAAACUAUGACGCAAGGGUCCACGGGAAGAACACGGUCAUUGGGGUGUUGGACAUCUACGGCUUUGAGAUUUUCCAAAACAACAGCUUUGAACAGUUCUGCAUUAACUACUGUAAUGAGAAACUGCAGCAGCUGUUUAUCCAGCUGGUGCUGAGGCAGGAACAGGAGGAAUAUCAAAGAGAAGGAAUCCCCUGGAAACAUAUUGAUUACUUCAACAACCAGAUUAUUGUGGAUUUGGUGGAACAGCAGCACAAGGGCAUCUUCUCUGUUCUGGAUGAAGCCUGUAUGAACGUGGGCAAAGUCACAGACGAGCUCUUCCUCCAGGGGCUGAACGGGAAGCUGGCCAAACACGCCCACUACACCAGCCGCAAGCUCUCACCAACUGAUAAGAGUUUGGAGUUUGACAGAGACUUUCGCAUCAGGCACUAUGCAGGAGAUGUGGUGUACUCAGUGGUGGGUUUUAUUGACAAGAACAAAGACACGCUGUUCCAGGACUUCAAGAGACUUCUCUACAACAGUUCUAACCCAGUGCUGAAGGGAAUGUGGCCUGAGGGGAAGCUGAGGAUCACGGAGGUCACCAAACGCCCACUGACAGCCGCUACGCUCUUCAAGAACUCCAUGAUCUCACUGGUGGAGAAGCUGGCCAGCAAGGAGCCCUACUACGUUCGCUGCAUUAAGCCCAACGACGUGAAGUCACCUCUUCUGUUCGAGCAGGAACGCUGUCGCCACCAGGUGGAGUACCUUGGCCUGCUGGAGAACGUCCGUGUGCGACGUGCCGGCUUUGCCUACAGACAGACGUACCCACGGUUUCUACAGAGAUAUAAGAUGAUCUCAGAGUUCACAUGGCCAAAUCACGACCUGCCGUCAGACAAAGAUGCAGUGAAGAGGCUCCUGCAGGGAUGUGGGUUCGACCACGACGUAGCCUACGGCAAAACUAAAGUCUUCAUCCGUACGCCACGUACACUCUUUAGCCUGGAGGAGCAGAGAGAAGAAAUGGUCAAACGGAUCGUCCUCUUCCUCCAGAAGGUGUGGAGAGGCACAAUUGCCAGGAUGCGUUACCGCCGGAUGCGAGCAGCCUUGAUCAUCCUUCAGGCUUACCGUCGCUACAAGGUCAAGUCCUACAUCCGUGAGGUCAAUCGUCGCUUUAAAAAUGUUAAGUCCAUGAAGGACUACGGUCGACACGUGAAGUGGCCGACACCUCCCAAAGUACUACGCAAGUUUGAAGAGGCACUCAAGAGCAUCCACAACAGGUGGUGGGCAUGGACGCUGAUUAAAGGCCUCUCUCCAGAGGAGACUCUGCAGGUGAGAGCCAAGGUAGCCUGCCUGGAGGCCCUGAAGGGCCACAGGACUGACCUGGGUCUACAGAGAGCCUGGGAGGGAAACUAUCUGAAACGAGACAGUCCUGAUACGGCAUCGUCCUUCACGUUGGUCUCCAGUGAGCUGCAGAGGAAAGACAAAUUCAUGAGAGUCCUGUUCUCCUGCAAUGUUCGGAAGAUCAACCAUUUCCACAAGGCAGAAGACAGGGCUUUACUCAUCACUGACCGCCACCUGUACAAGAUGGACCCCCUAAAGCAGCACAAGCCCAUGAAGAUCGUCCCCCUCUAUAACGUGACGGGACUGAGUGUGUCGCCUGGGAAGGACCAGCUGGUUGUGCUGCACACCAAGGACAACAAGGACCUGGUGGUGUGUCUGCAGGGUAUGGUCCCCGCCAGUGAGAGCCGUAUAGGGGAGUUGGUGGGCACCCUGCUCAGCCACUUUAAGAGUGAGAAGAGGAAGCUGCAGGUGAACAUUGUGACCCCCAUCCAGUGCAGCAUGAAUGGCAGGAAGUGCACAGUCAUCGUCGAACCCAAGAUCAACCAAUCACAGCCUGACUUUACUAAGAGCCGAUCCGGUUACAUCCUGGCCGUUCCUGGAAACUGAAAGCAUCUGAUAACCUGAAGGAGGAUACACAGUUACUGCAUCCUCCAAUGUGCCAAAAGUGAAUAAUAUAUAAUUUCUAUGCAAUGAUACACUGAUAAAAAUAGUGUAAAAAAAUUCUGCAUUUUUCUUUUAAUCCAAACGAUUUGCUUUGUGCAAUAUUAACCUCAGUGGAUCAGUUGUUAUCCUUGAUGUGAUGAGAGACGUUUCAGCAGUUUUUCUGAAACCACUAAUGACGGCGGACAUUUAGUUAAGGUAGUUCUGCAGGAGUUAAUAUAAACCUACUGCUCGGCAUUUGUGUAGUUCAGAAGUGGAAGUCUGGGGAAAUGGAUUAAUAUCAGGUUUGAAGGACACGAGGAGUCACUCCUGGAAAAAUGUUUACAAUCACAUAUGGGAACAUGGAACUCACUGUCUGCUUCUUAGUCACAGGAUGUGGAGUAGGAUGUGUUGAACGUAUCCAUAACAUCCACACCGUGACAAACCAAGUGCUAAAAUUUUGUUAAUUUAAUUCCUGCCUCUCUCAGUUUGUUUAUCCUAAUUUUUAACACUUGUUAAACAUUGAUUAUUAUUAUUAUUAUCAUUAUGCAGCUGUUCUGUGUAUGGAUAGCACCUGUGCUGUCAAAACUGGCAGUGAAUGAUACUGUAAAUGACAUAGGCCGGUGUCAAAGAUGUCACUGUUCUGUCACUGUUGUUAACUCCAGGCUGCGACGUUGUCCUGCCGUGUGUAAAGUGACCACAGCGGUCUUUUGAGCUCCUCUUCCACCAGCCUCUCUGUUCUGUGCUCAGUGCGAUGAGUCAGAGAGUAAAGUCAGGUUUGUUGGAGUCGGACUCGUGUCCUACUUUACAAACGUGUGUAAUGAGGUAAAAGACCGUUCUUUGUGUGGAUGUUGGUGGUGACGUGAGCUGUGCUUCGUGUUUGAUGUUCGUUCUGCCAAAUUAUCUUGAUCACGUCCACAGCAGUCAGUACUGUAUGUUCUGCACUCUUCUUUCAGGCUUUUCUUCGUUCACUUUGACACAGCAUCACACAUUUGUUUUUCUUUUUAAAAAUCUUUGCAGACACCUUAUUUGAAAACCUCAUUUGUCAAAGUUAGAACACAGUCACAGAAUUGUCUUUGGCUGAAGACGCUACAAACAACUGACCAACAAUGACACAAGUCAUAAAACACCUGAACAUUCAAAAAUGGGGAAAAAAAACUCUACUUACUGGACACGAGUCUCAUUGAAACAGAUGAGAUCCCAGGCCGUAGACGGGAUCUUCUCACUUGAUGAACCCUAAACAAAGGAUGCAGUACUCAGUGUGGGCUAAUGUCUGUGGGUCACGUCUCCCUCUGUGGCUGGUUGAGCUGAACAAGCCGCUUCACUCAGGACUUCAACAGGAAGGGAAACUUGUUGGCGGUCACUUUACCCGCAGCAGCAUCAUCCUAUAAUUGUGCCCCAGUGUUGUCUGAAGUGGUCAUUUAUCUUCAUUAGUUUCCAUGUGUCCUUGCCUGUGGAAGAGGCAGCUCUGUGGGCACAGCUCUGCUGCCUGGGCUAAUUAGUGCUUUCAUAGUUGGAUUAAGAUUGUGACACUAAUACAAGGUUUCCAUUCUAGCUCUGUGUGUGUGUGUGUGUGUGUGUGUAUGUGUGUGUACGUACAUGUAUGUGGACCAUAAACCACUGCUGCUCUCCAUACCCCUCGGCGUUGUUAAUCUCCCACAGGGCUCCUCUCUGCUCGGCCGUUCACCAUUAGGAUGGAGCUCAUGUCACUUUUCACUUCUCUCUGUGCUGCCUUGAAGCAAAGAGGGCAAGUGAACAAAGACUGUCUUGGCCUCCUUUUCUUCACCACUCCUUAUAUUCUUCUCCCUCCGCCUCCUUUUCCACUGCUUUCCCCCUGUCAAAUCACUUGGUUCUUUGCCAAGCAAGGCUUCCUACUGUCCUGCAGGGCAGUGAAGGAUUUGUUGUUUUUGUUUUGUUUUGUUUUUUUGUGGCUAUUUUGUUUCCAAUUCCUCCUGUGCCCAGGAGGCAUGGAUUGGGGAGGAGAAAGGGAAACACACCUGGGACGAAAGGGGGAAACAAUAGGAGCAGCAAGCAGAUCACAGAUUCACAGAGUUAUUGUUGUGGAUCUACAGUGUAUUACAGGAUACACAGGAACAGACCAGAACCAUUACAGCAAGGUUUACACUGUUAUCUGGCACAACAGGAUCUAUAGCCGUUCAGAAACGUUUACACUCUAAUAUACUAAUAUACUUUAUAUACUUUAUUUAUAUAUAUGCACACACACUAACACAUGUGUGUAUAUAAAUAUAUAUAUACAUAUAUAUGAAUAUAUAUGUAUAGAUGAAAUGGGAGAUAAUCAACUGUUGCCAUUGUAAUGGUUAUGGUCUUUUCAUGUGUUUUGUUUGUGUUUUAAUGUCAAAGAUACUGAUUGACACAAAAUAAUUCAAAUCUAUUUGAUUUCAAAGUAACAGUGGUGACAUCACACAUGCGCUGUCGUUCCCCUUUCCUCCUUAACAAUAAAUGACGAUGUAAACUCCCUGAAAUGUCGGCAAAAUAGAACCAAAGUCUCUUCUCUUUCUCCAUAAUUUAUUAUGUAUUUUUGACUAAAGUGUACACGCAUCAACCAUUUCCACAACAAGUGCCUACAUGUGUGUUAAUGUCAACUAUUUCUGAUGAUUUGUGUACAUUAUUGCAUUCCAUAGAUAUACUGUAAUACUGUUGUCUGCAAGUGCACAAUAUGUAUAAAUGCAGACACUGCGUUCUGAGAUGAUCCAGUACUGAAGAAAAUAAUCAUUAUAUUAAUAAAUAUAUUUGCUUCAUUCUCCUGUGUCCGUGUGUUGAGGUAAAACCCACAUGGGUUUGAUAGAUGUGGAGAAGGUCGAUCACAUGUGGUGCUCUGUUGAGUCCAAGUCUUGAUGAGAUGAAGUGUCAUGAACCCCGUGUUGAGCCACCCACUAACAGCUGUUCGUACAUGUGACUUCCAGACGCAACAAGCAAGCAACAGACCAGUGACACCCUGGAGCGAUCGGUGCUUUUUAUUUUUCCAUCACAGUACAAAAAUAAAUUAAAAUAAGCCAAACCUAACCAGGAAAAAAAAUCUCAAUUACAGCGAAGGCUUUUCUGUCUUCUCCAAAAAAGACGUUUGUUGAACAGUGUCGACUCCCCCUCCCUCACCCACCAAUGAAACGCGUAUAUCCUGUUUGUUUUCCAUAAGAGAACAACAUGUCACACAUUCUUCUGUACAAAUAAAACGUUACCUUUCACACACACACAUACAUACUGUAUUCAUUCACACACACGCUCAUGCAGCUGUUAAAAGGCUCCUUUUCAUGUCUUAACCAUUGUUUCAUUUUUAUAUCUACAAAGUACGCACCAAGAUACAGAAAAAGAAUCCUGACAGAAGUCUUUAUCUUUCACUUGAGACUUUUUUUCCAGUACUUUUCAACUUUUCAAAGUAUUUCCACAACCAUCUACUAAAUGAUGAAAAAACAGGGAGGGCGGGGAGGGAUUGGCACAUUAGAAGCAAGUUGUGGCGAGUGAACCAAGACAAAAAGAUUCAGGGUUUUUUUUGGACACUUUUCACCUCACUGCCCUGGUUUGUUGGUCUUGUUUUUUGGAAAGCCCAUUCAGAGCGCCUGUUCCUGUUAUUGUGCUGGUUCAAACAGUCUGAACAAACUCUUCCUCACGGUUGUGGCCCCACAUGGCUACCGUAGUUCUACAUUAGUGCAGGGGCCACAGUAUGGGGCACUCAGAGUCGCUUUAAACACACGGGCAAAGAGAUUAAACAUUUUUGGUGAAGGAUUUUUUUUAAUUACAGUACUAGGGAAAUGUGGUUUAAGAAUAUGACAAAAUAAUAGCAAUGAAUGCAAACGAUCAGAAAAUCAAACAGGUUUCUGCUCAUUCACUUGCUUUUUUUUUUUUUUUUCAAAAUUGCACAUUUAUCAAUGUGGAUUCACUGAGUCAAAGCUACACGCUGUCGGUGACUGUGGUCCACAGGAAGCUAUGCUGUUCUGCAGUGAUGGCGAGCGGCUGUCGUUGACUUUUUUAUCCCCGUGAUGAAAAGUCUGUGCUUUCUCUGCCUGAUAUGUGUGAGCUUCUCAUGCAGGCCGUGGUUGAUGCAGAUGUUCCUGGGCGUGUCUGCGAGUUAAAGGUCGCUGAUGUCUGCAUGCAGCUUUGGCGAUGGUCAGAUUUGUGAUCAGUGACGUUAUAAUGAUACUAAGUUAAUAAAUGCCCAAGACAUUCAUUCUCUGAAACCACAACAAUCUUCAUUCCCACCAAGAGUCAAGCACACCUGUAACGGCGCCCCCUUCAUUCCCUUUUCAAAGUCUUUUAUCGUUUCCCUUAAAUGUGCCGUAAUAUAAAUACAUCAGUGGCAAUAAAUUAGGUGUCAGAAAA